AGUGAAGUUAAUGACUAACAAAAUUGUCAAUCUUCUAUUAAAUCUUAACUCUUUUUGUGGCGACUGCAUGUUUUUGACGAAUUAAAGUUAUUUAUUUCUAUUAAAGUAACCUUCCCUUUGUGUAAUAAGUGUAUUUAUUAUUAAUUGAUUCCUUGUGUCCUAGUUGAGUUAAUUAUCAAAUUCGUGUUACUCUAUUCUACAAUAUGAAUGAUAUAUCACAAAGACGUCUCUCGACCUCUGGAGAUUCUUUAUACAUUGCCCUAGGUGUGCCUAAAACAGCAACACCAGAAGAAAUAAAGAAAGCUUAUAGAAAGUUGGCUUUGAAAUACCAUCCAGAUAAGAAUCCUGAUAAUCCAGAAGCUGCUGAGAAAUUUAAAGAUAUUAACCAUGCUCAUCGAGUUUUAAGUGAUCUAACUAAAAGAAAUAUUUACGAUAAUUAUGGUUCUCUUGGACUCUAUGUUGCACAACAAGUUGGAGAGGAAUAUGUACACACAUAUUAUAUGCUAUCAUCUGGGUGGUGUAAAGCUUUAAUUGCAGUCACCAGUAUUUUGACGUGCUGCUGCUGUUGCUGCUGUUGCUUCUGUUGCUUCAACUUUUGUUGUGGAAAAUAUAAACCAAAACCACCUCCAGAAGAUGCUGGUGAUUAUUCUAAUCUUAAGGGGGAUCAAGAUGAAGUAAAACUAGAACACACUAAAAGAGAGGAAUUUGAAACUGAUAGCGAUGCUACCAAACCGGUGAUUAACAAGCAACCAAGAUCAGGAGCCGGUCAAUCAACUGGACAACCAUGGGAUCCAGCUUCAGAUCCAUGGGGAGAUUCCAGAAACAAUCAAACACCCAUAGCAAUGCCUCCACCAGGCUCAUCCGCUAAUGAAAGAACAGGAUUGAAUACAGGUUACUCCAGUCAAUAUCAAUCCUGGGAUUGAUCACAUCAUAUUAACAAUGGUUGAUUCAGUUUUAAAGAAUGAAGUAAAUACUCUGUUGCUGUAGCUUUUUGCUUUUCUCUCUACCUUUUCACAACCUAUUGAUUCUUUUCGUCAGUACAUUAUCGUCUGUCUAUUUUACCAAUGAUAAUCUGCACUCGCAUGUCUACAAGUCUGCUUGCCCAAGGAUGGAGAGAAAGCUAUCAAAAAAUGACAACCAAUUAUAAACAGUAACUUUCUUAUUAUUGGACUUAAAGCAAAGACUGAUUAUCUUAAAUUCUGAGUUAUUUGUAUUUCUCAGCAUCUAAACUUUCCUCAACUCUUCCUUACGGAACAAGAUCAGUAUUGUAAGAAAAAGUCAAACUAACUACAAUUACCCAUACAAGUCACAAAUAUUUUGGAAAUGGUUACUACUUAUCGAUUGAAAAGUAUCUCUUUCCACUUAACUUUUUCCUUUAUCAACUUUUUACUUAAAAGUUUGCGAUAUUAUCAUUACAAGAAUCAAGAGCACCAUCAUCAAGGCAAAUGAUAACUCUGGUGGUAGUGGUGGUUACCCUUUUGCUUUUUGAACGUGAAUAACACCAUUUGUUUUCCUUCUUUAUUCCUGGUCAUUUAGAAUGUCGAUCUUGGAAAUUAUCAUAAACUGUCACAAGAACUCAUUUCCAAGAUGACGAUUAAGUAAUUGUACAGUACAAAUUAUGGUAAUUACAAUCAUAAUAUCAAAAUAGAUAGACACUGAGCAACCUUGCUGUAUUUCAUUUUUCGUUUAAUGAUCUAAUUCCGUCUCCGGAAUCCAUGCAAAUUAUAAUUGUGAAAACUAAGUAUUUGCUUCCACUCUUUCAUGAUCAUUAAGGAUUUUUUCACUGAGUUUGUUGAUGUCUUUUCAUUUACAAAUUAUAAUUUACAAUGUUUUAAGAAAUAAACUGUUAAUAAUUUUUA